AUGCCAAAAUUCCAAUUGGGGUGGUUCCGCUGGGUACCAUUUGUUGGUUACCACCACAUGCUGAUGAUCUUAAUUGCGGUUGCUAUCAUCCUAUUGUCACUCCUUCUCGCCGGUUGCUCAUCGUCAUCGCCCCUGAUCCCCGGCAUCUUCCUGCUCUCCCUCUACUACAAGAAGUACGAGGCCGUUCCCGACACCGCGCAAGUCGACUACAAUGUCAACACGGCCAUUGCCCACAUUGCGGGCGACGCCCAUCUCCAGGCUCGCGUGGGUUACUUUGGCAUCUGCAUCAACCCCGACGGCGGCGCAUGGCUGUGCAGUAACAAUGCGACAGCCCUCGCCAACGAGGUGGCCGUUGACCAGGAUCCCCUCAAUCUGAUCUGGCUCGCCGCGCAGUUCAAGGACAUGAUCGUCUUCCCCUACCUGAUCAUCAUCGCCAUCGUUUUCGCCUUCAUCUGCUUCAUCCUUCUCGCCACCUUCCCCGGAUGGCACGAGGAGGAAGACUCGGAAGGCUCCGAGCGCGACGUCAAGCCUUUCCCGUCCCGACCUGUGUCUCAGAUCGCCCUGGCUAUCAUCUUCAUCUCCUCCAUCUUCGUUCUCGUCUCGGUCCUCUGGCAACAUACCGCAUCUGUGGCCGCCUCUGUCAUCGCGCAAGACUUUGGAAACGGUUCUGUCAGGUCUGGCGUGGGCACAGACGCCAUGGUGCUCGGUUGGUUCUCGUUCGCCUUGCUCAUCGUCGUGACCAUUGGUCUCUUGGUCAUGAUAUUGAGUAUACGCGUGUUAGCCGACAUGGCGGCGUGA